CUGGACCAAAGUGACCCUUAUAGGACUCUGCAGACAGGAGGGACAACAAGGACGUAAGUGGAGAGGCAGGUCUGAGGAUCCAAACACUGAGCCUGCAGCGGAAGGACAAAGAGUGGCGAGUGUGCCUUGCCUCACGGCUGCAGGCAGAGAUGGCGUCCUGAUGCCGGUGAAUAAGCAGAAAAACAGAGCAGAGGGAGGGGAGAAGGAUGCGGGCAGCGGAAGAUAAAAAGCUGCAUCAUUUAGAGCAUCACAUGGCAGAAGAUGAGUUUCUCUGGUGAUGGUGAGGAUGACAACUCUUUAAGGAUAUUUGCGGGCGUUUCUUUUAUAUUGAUACUUAAUUUUUUUUCUUCUUUUUUAAACAUGAGCUUUGAAGCUGCGGUGUGAUUCUUUUGAGGGGAAGCGGUGGGGGUUUGUUGUCUACCUCAGCUAUUUCUCCCUCCGCCGGGGCUCUCUGCUCAUCCGACGCAGGGAGGAGAGGGCAGAGGGAGGGAGAGAGCAGCGAUGGCUGCCGGUGGAGCAGGAUGCGGGGACACGGUGGAGCAGUGCCGGGUCGAGGUGGAGCGUCUGACCCGGGAGCUGGCGGAGGCCAACCGCGAGAAGAUCCGGGCGGCGGAGUGCGGGCUGGUGGUUCUGGAGGAGAACCAGAGCCUGAAGCAGCAGUACGCCGAGCUGGAGGCCGAGCAGGAGACGCUGAGGCUGGAGCUGGAGCAGCUGCAGGAGGCAUUUGGCCAUGCCUACUCCACCCAGCGUAAGGUGGCAGAAGAUGGGGAGACCAAUGAGGAGACGCUGCUGCAGGAGUCUGCCACCAAGGAAGCCUACUACAUGGGCCGCCUCCUGGAGCUCCAGUCAGCUCUGAAGCACAGUCGGACAACCGCUUCCAACGCUCAGGCCGACAAUGAACACCUGAGCACACUUCUGCAGGAGCUGAGGGAGCAGAGUAAUGAGAUGUUGGAGCUGCAGCGCAGCCGGAUGCGAGAGGAGAUCAGGGAGUACAAGUUUCGAGAGUCGCGGCUGCUUCAGGACUAUACUGAGCUGGAGGAGGAGAACAUCUCUCUGCAGAAGCUGGUGUCAACACUCAAACAGAAUCAGGUGGAGUAUGAAGGUCUGAAGCAUGAGAUUAAGGUCCUAGAGGAGGAGACAGAGCUCCUCAACAGCCAGUUACAAGAUGCACUGCGUUUAAAGGACAUCUCAGACGCCCAGCUGGAGGAGGCGCUGGAGUCAUUGAAGAGUGAGCGUGAGCAGAAAAACCACCUGCGCAGGGAACUGGUCCACCACCUCAGCAUGUGUGAUGUGGCCUACACUGGUAGUGCCCACCUGACAUUUACCUCAGCCCCACCCAGUGGCACCGCAACCCCAACAACUCUGCUCUCCCCAAAUGCAGAUGAACCAAUGAGGUGUAACGGCCACCUCCAAGGUGGGACUGGAGCAGGGACGGCUGCAGAGUCGGUGCCCCGAGCUAAUGGAGAGUGCCGAGGCCUGGGUUGGAAAGCUGAGGGGGCCGUGACAUCGGACCUCUUCAACGAGAUGAACCUGACAGAGAUUCAGAAGCUUAAGCAGCAGCUGAUGACGGUUGAACGUGAAAAAGUAUCACUGAUGACCAGUCUGCAGGAGUCCCAGACUCAGCUCCAACACACCCAAGGGGCCCUGAACGAGCAGCACGAGAAGGCCCUCCGCCUUAGCCAGAGAGUCACUGCCCUCCGCCGCCUGCACAGAAGGGCCCACCUCAACCAGGAAGCCCACGUCAGUGCCACUUCUCAGCUCAAACCUGAGGCCCUGAUGGAGCUGGACAGAGAUGAUGAGGAUACUGAAGAGGAAGGAGGAACUGAGGGGUAUAGGAGUGAGAAGUUAAACAAAAGUCAGGUAUUUUCCUACCAGACGCCAGGUCUGGAGAUCCUGCAGUGCAAGUACCGUGUGGCUGUGACAGAGGUGGUGGAGCUCAAGGCGGAGGUGAAAGCCCUCCGUGACAGACUGACUCAGUGUGUAGAGGGAGCGGCAGAGGAGAAGCCAAGGCGAAGCGGUCAGCUUCAGAAGCUGGAGAGGCAGGUCACCUCAUUGGAGAAGAGCUGCUGGGAAAGUCGGGAAAAGGUGUCUAGCCUGGAGUUGGAGUUGCAGGCAGCUCAGUCAGCAGCCAAUGAGAGCCAGGGCGCAUUGAACGCGGCUCAGGAUGAGUUGGUGACGCUGAGCGAGGAGCUUGCCCAGCUCUACCACCAUGUCUGUCUGUGCAACAAUGAGACGCCCAACCGCGUUAUGCUGGACUACUACAGACAAGGCAGAGGGCUCCGGGGCCUCAGUGCCUGUCUUAAAGCCAUGUCUUCGGACAACAGCAAAGUUCUCCUCACACCACGCCUCGCCAGGCGGCUGGCUGCUGUCGCUUCCACAACCUUUACUCCUGGGGAGUCGCGGAGCCCCUCGCAGUCUCCAUCCAAGGAGCCCUUAUCUGGGGAGGUGGGGGGGAGAGAGAAGGAGGGGGACAAGGAGGGCCUCCAGGUGCCAUCUGAGCAGAGCCUGCCACUCUGCACAACUCCGACCUGCUCACCCAGCAUCAGUGCCUCUUCAUCAUCAUCAUCAUCAUCAUCGCCUGCCCUGGAGCCAGCUGGUGAGCUGCGACGGGAGCCCAUGAACAUCUACAACCUCAACGCCAUCAUCAGAGAACAGGUGAAGCACCUCCAGCGGGCGGUAGACAGGUCUCUGCAGCUGUCGAGACAGAGAGCUGCAGCCAGGGAACUGGCCCCUCUGAUGGACAAGGACAAGGAGAGCUGCAUGGAGGAGAUCCUGAAGCUCAAGUCUCUGCUCAGCACCAAGAGAGAGCAGAUAGCCACCCUCAGACUGGUACUCAGGGCUAACAAACAGACGGCAGAGGGGGCUCUGGCCAACCUGAAGAGUAAGUAUGAGGCGGAGAAGUCCAUGGUGACUGACACCAUGAUGAAGCUGAGGAACGAGCUCAAAGCCCUGAAGGAGGAUGCCGCCACUUUCUCCUCUCUGCGGGCCUUGUUUGCCACCAGUGAUAAAUCCGCAGAGCAGUUCCCCUCAGCUCUACUUUUGGGCAGCCAAAAAAUGAAUGCAGCUUUAGUUGUGAUCUCAGAGCUUCUUCAGUUAUAUUCAAGAAGACACAGGUGUGACGAGUACAUUACCCAGCUGGAUGAGAUGCAGAGGCAGCUGGCUGCAGCCGAAGAUGAGAAGAAGACUCUGAAUUCCCUCCUGCGGAUGGCCAUCCAGCAGAAAUUGGCCCUCACCCAGCGCCUGGAGGAUUUGGCUUUCGAUCAAGAGCAGACCCACCGCACCCGCGGGGGCAGGCUAAACCGCGUGAAGACCAGCACUCCCAAAGUAAGUCACUCGGCCUCAGCUUCGGCCUCCAAUAUAGCCCAUGGCUCUUCAGCUUUGGCCCCUGUCAGCCUCCCCCUUUCCAGCCUUCCUAGUCCUACGUCAAUUCUUCCUGAUGAUCCCUCUGUGCCCCUUAGCCUAUCUGUGGUCAGUGCAGCUUUGGCCUCAGCUCUUACCUCCCCUACGUCACACAUACCCCCUCGCAGUCCGUCAUCACCAGCGGUUGCCUCAUUGGCUGGCCCUUUGGCGCCAGAGAGCCCUCCAUGUCUGGAGGCCCCCUCCUCUCCCUCAGCGCGGACCUCGCCCUCAGCCACUCUGAAUCUGGCUCGCUCCCAGUGGACCCUGGGGGUGCGGACGGUUGUGGUUGACUCCCACAGUUUCAGUGUCAACAUCUCCCCCACUCUGCCUCAUAGCUCGGGCCUCUCCAGGCACUACACCCCAGACUCUCAAACCUCUCCCCCAUCCACCACCAACACCAGGCCCACCCAACCAGGAUCUGCCCCAUCCUCUCCCUACCGGUCCCCUAUUCUGGGGCUCAGGCGCUCCACAUGGAGCCCCUCACCCCGAACUCGGCCCUUGUCUAGCCUGAUGCGCUCUUCUGUCCUUCCCUCCCCUUACUCCACCUCCCACUCCCCUUCUUCCUCCCACAGCUAUUCCUCUGCCUACUACAGCUCCUCUCCUGCUUUUACCCCCUCUAGCUCCUACCUCACCUCUGGUACUUCUGGUACUUCUUACAGCCACUCUAUCAACUACACGCCCCUCUACCCCAGAUACUACAGUUCAUACCGGCCACGGCACUGACGCCUUACUAUAAAUUCUUUACUAUAACUUUUUUGAAGGCUUUUCCACCAGGCUCCUUAUUGACAUUAAAACUGCAACUCCCAUCAGCCUUCUCUUUUUGUCAUCUUAGAGAGUGGGGGCUCACAGAGAGGAGGACAGAGUGGUUUCCUGUUUCCCUGUGCCUAAGCUUUGGCCAAUGGGUUCUAAAUGUUCGGUGACUUUGCUCAGGGAUUUGACAUAAGGAGCACAAGCGGCCCCACUUUCCUUCUAUUCUGAGACUGCUGAUUGGUCCACAGGAGGAUGCUAAUAGAGACUUUUUAACAAAGGUUUUUAGCAUUUAGGUUCUUCAGGUUGAGACCAUAUUUGCAUGAAGUGAUUAAAACACAGAGACAUUCAGACAUUGACUGGACAUCUUGCAGACAAUUUCAUAGGUAUGAAUGAGGGCCAUGAUACAUUAAUUACCAUCCUCUAUAUUCAAUAUAAUAUCCACUCUGUAGUGAGUCUGUAUACACAAAAACACUGUACACCACAUAUUUUCAGUGCAAGCAUUCUCCUUUUGUUUGUUCAGUAUGAUUCAAGCAAAUGUGGUUGUAAGUGUCAUCUGAACAUGUCUGAAGACAAAAGUGUUUAUACCACUUCCAGAUGGCCACACACAAAGCUCUGUUGUAGACAGCGGGGGCACGAUGAUCUCUCCUGAAAGUCAUUUCUGGUAUUGCACUCAGUGGCAGUAGUAGCUUUGUGAAGAAUAAAAAAGAGCCUGCUAUUUUUUACACCUAUGCCACCUGGCCAAUUGUUUUGGCCAAGUUGCCAUGCUUGCUAAAUUGUUGUUGAAAAGUUAGGAAAAUUGUCAGACGUAGACCCCUGAAUUCCAACAUCGGGAGGGUGUUUGAGAGGCUGUAUGUCCUUGCAACAAGACCUUUGUUUGAAGCAUACUGACCUUUAGUGUUUCAGCUUUGAUCUCACUCUAUAAUCUCUCCCUCACACACACACACACACACACACACACACACACACACACACACACACACACACACACUUGUAUGAUGAGACAGUUGUGGACAAGGAGUGAUGGACUACUCAUUGAUACCCACAGUAUAUAAUCUCUCAUGGUGGGCACCGCUUUCCAAAAGAUAUUCAUAGGACAGCUCAAUGAGUAUUCUUCAUUUCUUGUCCAAGGUUGUUGCCCUCAUCAGCUCAACCUUCAGCAAUUGUUGUCUAUCUCUAGCACCAACCAGUGGUUUGUUCUCAUAUAGCAAUGUACUCUGCUAUGCAUGUUCACAUUUGGAUGCUCUUAUACUGUAAACUUCCUCGCCUUCCAUAUAAAAAAUGGAUCUAAGAGAGGUGCAGGCUGUAUAAAGGUCGUUGCAGGGAUGAACUUAUGAGGAGGAAGGAGAACACUCAAACAUGGCAUAUUACCAGUGUAGGAUCAGCUGAAUAUCAUAGUGUAGUCAUUUUACAAGGAAGCAAUACGACUUGGAGAUCUUGGUGAUCACAUCUGUGAUGUGUCUCAAUAGUCUGAAGUUUCCUUCUCCUCAUUUCUUAUUUGAACUUUCUUUAAGCAUAUCAACUAUUAAAAAAUCACUUCUAAAGUAACUAUUACAUUCAACAACAAAAAACCUGAAAAAUUAAGAGGAAUUCCUCAACAAGUUGAGUUUCUCCCACAUAUAACCCAUUAUUUACAACUGACUUGCUUUUGAGAAAGAUGAUAAUCCCCACAAGCUACACUGGUUAGGAUUAGAAAUAUGAACUUUUGUAGGAGGGUAUAACUUGGCAUGGGCCGGUAUAUGAUUCUGACGGUAUGAUAACCUUCAGCAAAAAUAUCAUGGUUUCACGGUAUUGCAGUAUUGCAAUUACAGCUUUAAAAUGUAUUAUAUUUUUAAAUGUCUGGGUAAAAUAAAAAAUGAAAAUUACAUUGAACAUAUUGUAUUUUAUUUUUAAACACACUGCACACUGGCAGGGAGAGACAUUUCUAAACUGCACUUCCUGUCCUUAUGUCCACUCAUAAAAAACAGCUUAUACCUUAGGAACGGUAUGACAGAAAAUGUUCCUUGACAUGAAACCUUGACUUUUUCAAUGGAUACCUUUUAUAGACAGAGACAGUAUACCUUGAAAACCGUUACCAGCCCAUGCCUAGGUAUAACAAUCAUUUGCAAUUUGCAUCUUCUGGCCUGGUAUCACUUUAACCAGGUUAAAUGAAAGUCCCAUUUCUAUGCAGAACAUAAGAUAUAAACCCAGAUUGCUCUCUCACUGUUACUUUUAGCUUACACAAGAUGAUCACUACAGAGGGACACUGAUAAUUUUGGUUGAGUAAAAUUAGUUUAAGUGUAUAUGUUUUCUCAAAAUGCAAUUUUGUGAGUAACCAUUAACUGAAGUUAGGCAUUUAUUUAAAAAACAUGUGAUUCAAGAAAGUACUACCACAUGACCACAUAACUUAGUAUCUUUAUAUCCAAACACUGACAGCAAGUGAUUCAAGACUAUUCUAUCUAACUAUAAUGGCCAACUUUAGGGUUAUACUCGUAAACCCACAAUGUAGCACCCUUUUGUGCCUCUGAGGCCAUCUGCAGAGGUCCGUCCAGUGACACAGUAUGAAUUCUGACACAGAAUGUAUUCAGGUUAUGUUUAGUCUUGUUCACGGCAUUGCAUCAAACUCAGGGAAGGUGACAUACCUAAUUCAACCUAUAAUUAGUCAACAACCAUCAUUCAUGAGUCAACAACCAUCCAGAAUGACUAUUAACAUUAUGAUAUCAUUUUGACUUAGAGAAUAGAUCUCCCAAAUUAGAUUGAAGGUUUGAGUUAAUUGUAGUCAAGUUAAAGGAAACAUGGAUGUUUUACAUCUUACCCAGAGUCACACAAGAAGAUUUAUAUCAAUGUCAUCUCGGUGUCUAGUACAGAGAUAUGGGUUUGUAUAUCAUGUUAUUCCAAUUUGGUAAUGUUGCACAGUGUUUCACUUUUGUACUGGAUCAAAUCCAACCAGUUUAUAACUUGUUUCAAUUUCCUGAAUUUGAGUUAAUAUUGGAUUUAAUUUAGAUGCAACUGCCAGUGAUGGUGGCUUUGCAGCCAUUUUGCAACUGCUCAGUUUGUUGACCCUUUUUAGUUAUUUCUGCCAAGUGGGAGAUAUAGUAGCUGUUAAAAAUUCCUGAUAUCUUUAACUUUGAGGAAUAAACCUGGAAAUCUGCCAUGAUGGUUUUUCCCACUUUGUUGCCCGUCAUUGUUGAAUGAAACAGAUCAGGUCCAUAAAACUGAAAACACAACCAACCAGGAACUGUUUUGUUUACCCAUAAGUAUGUGGUUAGCUACCAAUUCCAACUCUGUACUGGAUUUGUUGAUCUUUCUGUUUGACCUGAGUUGACAGCAAACUCAUUUAUUAAAAGGUUUUUAAUGUGCUUUUAACUGUUAGCAAAUAACAUAUGUGGGAUAAGAGUUCAGCACACAUGACACCGUAUUACCUGUGUCUGUGUGUGCCUUACAAAACAGAUUCAACAGCACCCACAAAGUGUAGCCUGAUAACAAAUGCCUGUCUGAAAACAAACCAUUUUUUAUUGUGCUUCCUUUAUUUUUCAUUUCCAAACCUGCACCUCAGGUUAAAUUGCUGGUUUUGUGUGUAUUUGUUUUUGGUUUAGAUUGUUUUCUGUGGGGAUGGAUUAUGACUCAUAAUACUUCUAACUGUCAGUAGAUAUUUUUUGUCUGGGUAAUGUCCAGAAUACAGACUUAGAAAAUACCCCUCUGCAAUGUACACAUUCUUUUUUUCCUUUUUAUCAUCAGAACCUUUAAUCACCACUUUACUUCUUUCUUUUCUGAUCUAUUAAUUCAGACUAUCACAGUAAUCUAUUGACUAUUGACUCGUGUUUAACACUGUAAACACACACAUUUUUUAAUAUGCAACAUGGGGCAAAGACUCAUUUGACAGGCACCUUUUUUCCUGAUUUCUGAUUGGCUCCUUUGAAAGUAGUGUUUAGCAUAAUAGGCCCACAUCUUGCUUUCAUUUUUUUCUACCUCAGCAAUCAGAUGUCAAUCUGAUUUUAAUGAGCAAAUGGCAUUUGAGAAGGAGUCCUCUUUACAUUUUCAGUAUGCUACUGCUUGAUCAAUGAUUUAUGAAUACAUUGUGAAAGAAAUAUGACCACAAAAUAUUUUAAUAAAAUUCACAUACCAACCUUA